CCGAGCAGCCGCUGCAGGAGGAGGUGAUAGAGAGGAAAAGGAAGCGCAGCCCCUCAUCACAGGGACUUUCUGAAGAGCAGCAGCCAGUUCUCCUCCAGUGCUGACAGUGAGCACGUCGCUGGCUGUUAUUGGUCUGUCUGCAGCUGCAGCACAAGGUGUAUUCGGGGAGAGCUGUUUUUUGUGAAUGGUGCCGGCGCACACACACUGCGAUCUGUUAUCGAUCGGGAUAUAGAAUGCUGCGGGAUUCUAACGGGCUGUGACAUUGACAGGAGAGGGGCUUGUUGGAAAUAGAGGGGGCAAUGCCUUGUCUGCCUCAAUACUGAUCCCCACUCCACAUCUCACCUCUGAUCGUUAUUCACCCCCCCCUGGGGAACUUUCAAGCUGCACCCACUUGAAUUUAGAGUCCAGAUCCUACAUAAAUGGUGGAUGCGAUAGUUGAGUUUGACUACAAGGCUCAACAUGACGACGAGUUGACCAUAACAGCUGGUGACAUCAUCACCAAGAUUAAGAAGGAGGAUGGCGGCUGGUGGGAAGGGGAGCUGAAAGGAAGAAGAGGACUCUUCCCAGACAACUUUGUCAGAGAGCUGAAGAAAGACAUAAAAAAAGAUCUAAGUAGCAAACCACCUGAAAGACCCACCCAUGCCGUCUCUAAUGGGAAUGCUUUGCUCUCAAGUGAAGCUGUCUUGCGGGGCUCUGGAAGAGGUGAAAGGACCAGGAGAAGGAGAUGUCAGGUGGCCUUCAGCUACAUGCCUCAGAAUGAUGAUGAACUUGAGCUUAAAGUGGGUGAAAUCAUUGAGGUCCUUGGAGAGGUGGAAGAAGGCUGGUGGGAAGGAAUUCUUAAUGGCAAGUCUGGUAUGUUUCCUUCCAACUUCAUCAAGGAAAUUGUGACUGAAACAGAAAUUGGAGGAAAUUAUGACGAACAACCAAUAAAACAAGGUUUUAGAGAUACUGCUGGCUCGGAAAGCGACGGUGGUGACUCGAAGUCAGAAGGGACCAAUGGAACAAGUGGAGCAGAAAACCAGCCGAAGAAGAUCAGGGGAUUUGGCUUUGGGGAUAUUUUCAAAGACAAACCAAUUAAACUGAGACCAAGGUCAAUAGAGAUGGAAAAUGACAUGGUUUCACAGGAAAAGGCUAUGGGGAAGAAAAUGCCAUCAACUAUGACAUCACAGGAGUCGCUAAAAAUGGAGACAGAGAGCAAAUCUAACUCCAAAGAAUAUUGUAAAGUUCUCUUCCCGUAUGAAGCGCUUAAUGAAGAUGAAUUGACAAUCCGAGAAGGUGAUAUUGUCGCUGUUAUAAACAAGGAUUGUGUCGAUGUGGGUUGGUGGGAAGGAGAAAUCAAUGGAAGAAGAGGGGUGUUUCCAGAUAACUUUGUCAAGCUGCUUCCUCCAGAUUCUGAAAAAGAGCUCCACAGGCCUAAGAAACCACCACCUCCAUCAGCUCCUAUCGUCAAGUCAGGAACAAGCACAACAGACAGGAAGCAGGACAUCCGGAAAAUACCUCCAGAAAGACCAGAAACCCUUCCACACAGGGUUGAGGAAAAGGAAAGGGCCGACACACAAAGAGAUCACAAAGCUGUAGAGUCAAUAAAGCACUCUGUACCUGCCAUACCUCCAAAGAAACCCCGUCCACCCAAGACCAACUCUUUGAAUAGACCUGGCACCCUCCCACCAAAAAGACCAGAAAGGCCUGCGGGACCUGUAACACAUGCAAGGAGCGACAGUCCAAAGGCAGAGGUGGGAGUUAGUACUGUAUCCAGCACCCCUGACAGAGACUCUUCAGAUAAAAGCAAUGAUAUUGAUCUGGAAGGCUUUGAUUCUGUUGUGUCAGUAGGAGAGAAACUUAGUCAUCCAACCGCAUCAAGACCGAAAUCCAGCGGGAGGCGUCCACCUUCACAGUCUCUGACAUCAUCAUCACUUUCGAGUCCUGAUUUCUUUGACUCACCAAGUCCAGAGGAUGACAGAGAUGAUCUGACCAACCUGUCAACAAGAGGAACUGAUGCAUCCAAGAAAACAUUAAGAACUGUUACAUCCUCACAGGGGCCAGAUAAUAGAGCAGUUUUGCCUCCCAAACCAGGUGGCUUAAUUUCAAGUGUGAGCUUCUCACAUGGGGGGCCCGGAGCACCUUCAGCAUUCCACACUGUUGCCGCAGGUAGUCAUAGGUCAAACUCGCCGUCCUUUACUAGCCCUGAUGCAAGGCAAAAAGGUGACCACAACCAAUCACUGCUGGAAGAGCUACAGACACAGGUCAAGGAGCUAAGAAGCAUUAUAGAAACAAUGAAAGAUCAGCAAAAGAAAGAAAUUAAGCAGUUACUGUCUGAACUAGAUGAAGAAAAGAAGAUUCGCCUACGAUUACAGAUGGACAUCAGUGAGAUUAAGAAGUCUCUACAAUCAAAAUGACUUCUGUGUGAAUGGAAGAUGCUAUACAUAACCUUAUAGAUCACAAGUCCAAGAAUGACAUUGUUCUUCCCCAUCCAAAAUGUCUUGGUGCCAAAUUAUUAACGAUUUGCCUCAAACAUGCAGAAAGCACAAUGGCUCUUCCACCUACCAAGGAAACCCUUGUGACGUUCAUACCAUGUGGCACACGUUAACUGGAUGAAUCCAACCUGUGCUGAUGUGUUCUUCUUAACACUGCGAACGAAGGAAACUCAGGCAGUUUACUUCAGAGUGGUACUUUUUUUGGAUAAUAUUUUUCCAUAAAUAAAAUGUAUUUCAGAUUGUAUGUUUAUAAGCUUUAUAAUUUUACGGGGUUCUUUUGUGUACAUCUUUUAUCUCCAGUUGUUGAAUUGUUUGUAUAACUCAUAGUCAAGGACAUUUUUUUUGGUGUUUUGCUCCAAGAUGUAUCCACUUACAUUAGUAAUGAUGACCUUCAAACGGGCAUACAAGAAAUAUGUCAUGAAAACGGAUAAAACGCUUUGUAGAUGUUAAUGUGUGUAACAUGAGAACAAAUGGUUUUUGAAGA